AUGCUGGAGCAGGAGAUGACGGAUCUACGCGCGGAGAGAGACGCGUUGGUAGAGCAGGCAGCCGCAGAGGAGACAGCGACCAAGAGCCUCGAGGAGAGAUACGAGGAGACAGCGCGUAGCGCCGAGGAGCUGAGAGCGAAGCUGGCUGAGCUGGGGCAGCUUGCGGAGGCUUCAAGGAAGGAGACAGGGCUACGGGAGGCGCUGUCGAUGCUGGAGCAGGAGGUAUCAGUUCUUUCGUUGGUUUGCUCGAAUGCUGCAGAUAUAGCUCAGGCAGUCGACAAGUCGUUAGAUGCGUUGCUGUCGCCGCUCUGUGUUGUCGAGGAUUCUUUGCUCGCAGCCUCAACAUGCGUCGAUGAACUUCGUAGGCGGAUGUCUUGUGCGCAUGAAGCGAACCGAAGAGCGUCGGAGAGCUCUGCUGGGUUCCUCUCCUCUCUUUCUGUUGCGGUUGAAACCAGCGAACGAGCGGUCGAGGGUCUCGAGCUCUCACUCGCUGAUUUCGUCACUCGCCAGCAGCACCUCGCGUCGCAGUCAAAGUCACGAUCUCUCCAGCUGGACUCCUCCAUCUGUAGUGUCGGCGCGACUGUCGAAGACAUCGAGGGGAUCCUUGCGCUAUCAAAGGCAGCAUGGCGGCACGUGCAAGAGAGUCUGUCGCACAAGUUGAGAAUGUUGUUGAAGGAGGCGAAAACAUGCGAAAGGAUCGCAGGCGAUGCUGGGGAUCCAACGGUUUACAACGGACUUGUGAGAACCAUCGACGAGCUGACCCGAACGAAGAAGAUGGUGGAAGAAGAGCUGAAGGUGAGAAACAGUGAGCUGAACAAGCUCAAGAGACACGUCGAGAAGCUUAAGGAAAGCGACCGAGCGAGUGCAGCUCCUCCUCCUGCUGAAGCCAAUCAAGAAUGGCAGACUUUACAGCUCAAGCUCACGAAAGUAGAGCAGGAGAACCAGGAACUGAGUCGCCUGCUCGUGGACUUCGACUCGGAGCAGCUGGCGAUGAGAGAUCAUCUAGAGCAGCAGUCGAACACCUUCAAGAGCUUCUUGCUGUGCCUCCUCGACUUCCUCUCACCCGUCAGCUCCUGCACGCGCGAAGACAUGCAGGAGAAGUUGGUGGACCUGCUCAAGUUCAUAGACUUUGCUGAGGGUUCAGACUCGACCUCUGCUGAGGCCCUACAAGGUUCCGUCCUCGCUCUUGCUGCCCUUCGACCCGCGAGUGUCGACCAGGACAAGCCCUGGCAGGUUGUGGGAGAGCUUGUCUCCGUCUCCAGUGCUUUCAAGCCUCCCAAGGAGCUCAUGACGCCUCCGACGCCCAAGAGCGACAGGGAUGAGAGCCGGCGGAGCUCCACGCGACCCCUUCAGAUCUUAAGCCCUCCGCCCAGCAGCCCCGACCAUCUUGACAGUCCCACAGAAGACUCUCCAGGUCAGACUUGGCAUACUGCCCUCGCAGCGGCGGACAAGGACCCCUACUGGAACGAGAGCCAUGUCUUCCUGCCGGACAGAGUGACGAGGGAUCUACACGUAGCGCUGCUGUCGGAGCAUCACGACAUGCUCGGGCAUGUGUCAGUCUCCCUCUGGGACGCCGGCCUGCAGGUGUCUUCCUCCCUUGCCUCCCGUAUCAGCUGA